AUGGACAGUCCGCACGACAAAACACACGUCGAACCUGAGAGUCCCCAUACUGAACAUCAUGGGGACCAGGAGCCGUGGCACGGCAUGUCCGUCGGCCGGUAUAUGGGAACACGCUUCACCACCCUCAAGCCGCCUAUGCUGAGCGCACCGAACCCGCUGAGGCUCGUCAAGAUGAUAAGCGGAAGGCAAUGGGCCUUCUUCGCCGUCGCUUUCGCUGCCUGGACCUGGGACGCUUUCGACUUCUUCACCGUCUCCCUUACCAUCACCGAGCUCUCCGAAACUUUUGACAAGUCCAAGACCGACAUCACCUGGGGAAUUACCUUGGUGCUCAUGUUCCGAUCCGUCGGCUCCAUCAUCUUUGGUAUUGCAGCAGAUCGCUACGGCAGGAAGUGGCCCUUCAUCGUGAACAACCUCCUGUUCAUCGUCCUUGAGCUAGGUACUGGCUUCUGCCAAACCUACGAGCAGUUCCUGGCAUGUCGCGCCCUCUUCGGAGUCGCCAUGGGCGGUCUGUACGGCAACGCAGCAGCAACCGCACUCGAAGACCUUCCCUCAGAGACCCGCGGAAUGAUGUCCGGCGUCUUACAGCAAGGUUACGCCUUUGGUUACCUAUUGGCCGCGGCCUUUUCCCGAGGGCUGGUCAACACGACCCCGCACGGCUGGCGCCCUCUCUUCUGGUUCGGAGCAGGUCCGCCAGUCCUCUUCAUCGCGUUCCGUCUGAUGCUGCCCGAGACCGAUACCUUCAUCGAGCACAAGCGCAUUCGCGAGGCGGCCGGCCGACGCGCCGAGGAAGCCGGGCACACGAGCGUCACCUCCACUUUUUUGAAGGAGGGUAAAGUGGCUCUGCGCAGACACUGGUUGCUCCUGACAUACCUCGUCCUCCUGAUGGCCGGGUUCAACUUUAUGUCGCACGGCAGUCAAGAUCUCUAUCCCACCAUGCUGACGAACCAGUUCAACUUCAAUGCCGACAUGGUGACCGUCACGCAGGUCGUCGCGAAUCUGGGUGCUAUGCUUGGCGGCACUACUGUCGGCUACUGCAGUCAGAUCUUCGGUCGACGCUUCAGUAUUAUGGUCUGCUGUGUCGUGGGAGGUGCCUUGCUAUACCCCUACACUUUCGUCACGACCGAGGCAGUCAUGGCCGCCGCCUUCUUCGAGCAGUUCUGCGUGCAGGGCGCCUGGGGUGUAAUCCCUAUCCACCUCAUGGAGCUCAGCCCCGGUGCAUUCCGCACGUUUGUGGUCGGCACGUCGUACCAGCUGGGUAACCUCGUCUCAUCGGCCAGUUCCACCAUUGAGUCUCGCCUCGGCGAGAACUUCCCCCUCACGCCAAAGGGCACGACGAAGCGCUACGACUAUGGCAAGGUCAUUUGCAUCUUCAUGGGAUGCGUAUUUGCCUACGUGUUGUUGUUGACCUUUAUCGGUCCCGAGCACCUGCGGCGCAGCUUUGAUGUGGCUGAUGAUUCGGAUAUGAGAGAAGUUGCUGGGGAUGAGAUGAUGGAGGACGAGCUUCAUAACCGCGAGGGCCGAGCUGGUCACCUUGCGCCUAGUGAUGAGGAGCUGGGACAUCAGGAAAAGUCUGCUACGCACCGGGAAUAA